AUGAUCCAGAAUUCUUCAUCAAUCAAGUUACCAAGAGGAAAACAUCAAUUAAAAAGGAAGACUCCGCAUAUAUCCUCUAUACCUGUGUUUGACUUGACAUUAGAUGAAGAAAGUAAUGCUGAUCAUAUUGUCGAAGAUAAACUCCGCGGUAUAUCAAAAGAUUACUUGGAUCAUGGAGACGAAAUUGUUAUAUGUCAGAUUUGUCAUGCAAAAUUAUGGGUAGAUGAAUCGCUUAGAGGGCAAAAAAAAGGCAAUACGUCUUAUUCCCUAUGUUGUGGUUAUGACAAAGUUGAGCUACCACCCUUAAAAGAAGCACCCUCAUCUUACAAAAAUCUUUACCGUUCCGUAGAUUCUAAAAGCAAACACUUCAUGAAGAACAUUCGACGUUACAAUUCAAUGUUUUCAUUUACAUCCAUGGGAGGCAAAGUCGAUUCAUCCAUCAACAGAGGCAACGCACCAUACAUAUUCAGACUUAGCGGUCAAAAUUAUCAUAGUAUGGGAAGUCUUUUACCUACUGGUGGAUCAAAACCAAAAUUCUGUCAGUUAUACAUAUAUGAUACGGAGAACGAGAUUUCAAAUAGAUCGACAAGUAUUGGUGGACCAACGAGCGGUUCUACAUCAACUUCAAGAUCAUAUGAUCUCCAGAGUAUAGAAUUUUUGAAGGUUAUGUUAGAUUCAAACAAUGCGUUGGUCAAGUCUUAUAGGAUGGUAAGAGACAGUCUUCAUGAAAAUCCGGGUGCUAACUUGAAGUUAAGAUUAAUCAGAAAAAGAGAACAAGAUGGAAGGACUUAUAACUUACCAACUUCUUCUGAGUAUCCAUUACUAUUUCCAUAUGGCGAUGAUGGUUACAGAGUUGACAUCCUUCAUAGAGUGGUUUACACAAUUAAAUUUCAAAAAAGAGGUCUGCCUCAUAGUCAUAUAUGUCUGUUUAUGCAUUCUGAAUGCAAGCUUCCUACAGUUGAAUAUAUCGAUCCAAUUAUUUCUGCUGAGAUUCCAAAUAUUGAUGAAGAUCCAGAAUUGUAUUCACUUGUGAAGGAGUUCAUGAUUCACGGUCCAUGUGGAGCUGAAAAUUUCAAUUGCCCAUGCAUGGUGGACAGAAAGUGUUCUAAAAACUUUCCAAAGCAAUUCUGUAAUCAUACUUCAGUUGAUUCAGAUGGUUUUCCUUUAUAUAGGAGAAGAAAUGAUGGAAAUUUUGUUGAAAAAUCUGGUGUUCAGUUAGAUAACAUAAAUGUUGUUCCAUAUAACAAAUAUCUGUUAAAAAGAUAUCAGGCACACAUUAAUGUUGAAUGGUGCAAUCAAGGAUCUUCUAUAAAAUAUUUAUUUAAAUAUAUAAACAAGGGUCCUGAUAGAGCGACUGUUGCUAUGGUGCAAAGCAAUAAUGAUACUGAGAACAACGAUGCAGUGGAUGAAAUCAAAGAAUAUUAUGAUUGUAGAUAUAUAUCUGCAUGUGAAGCAUCAUGGAGAAUUUUUAAAUAUGAUGUUCAUUAUAGGCAUCCUGUUGUGAUUAGACUACCUUUUCAUUUGCCUGGUCAACAACAAGUUGUAUAUGAGGCAGACGAUGAUAUUGAAGAUGUUCUUGACCGGCCUUCAGUUGCUUCUUCAAUGUUCAUAUCUUGGAUGAAGUGUAAUGAGAUCAAUAAAGAAGCAUAA